UCUGUCACUUCUCUCCAGAUUGGGAGGUAAUUUGAUGUGGCCGAACCGAGGCGAGGCAGUGGGCCUGUCGCCGAGAGCGAGGAAGACCCGAGGUUCAAUCGAUGUAAGCGCUGGGCCAAAUUGGAAAGGUCGGGUACAGUCUGGGUCGAGGCAGUGGGGCGCAGGUCCCAGAGCGUAUUGAUGCCACCAAACACAUCAAUAUAGACGUAGGGCCAGAUUGAAAAGGUCAGGGUAUCGGGGCCCGAGGCGAGGAGCGGGACAGUUCAGCUCACUGCUUUGCUCUGCGCUGAACUAAAGCUCUGUGGUUGGACUUUCUGUGUUCGACUCAGAAUGCUAUCUGCUUGUAUUUAUUGUUUGUGUGACCUUUUUUCUCUGCACAUUGGGUAUCUUCUCUUUUUUAACCGGGUUUUGAGGGUUGUUUCGUGGCUGCCCGUAAGGAGAUGAAUCUAAAGGUUGUAUUAGGUAGACAUACUUUGAUUAUAAACGUACUUUGAACCUUUGUCUCUCCUACCACUGAGCCAAGGAUUGUGAUGGAGGAAGCUGGUGCAACAACGGUUUCUCUGUGAUCACUUCACCACAGUUUGGAAGAGGAUAGAAAACUGGGCUCCGGCAUGUCGGAAGUGGUUCAAGAAGCCAAACCCAAGCCCGCUGUGCCCAUGAAACCAUCGGCAGUGGGCUCCCAGCUACUGGGCUACGUGGGAAUCGACACCAUCAUUGAGCAAAUGCGACGGAAGACCAUGAAGACAGGAUUCGAUUUUAAUAUCAUGGUCGUGGGGCAGAGUGGUCUGGGAAAGUCAACCCUGGUGAACACCCUGUUCAAGUCACAAGUUAGUCGGAAAUCCUGUGGUCGAAACCGGGAAGAGAAAGUCCCAAAAACAGUGGAAAUCAAAACAGUUGGACACGUCAUCGAGGAGAAGGGGGUGAAGAUGAAGCUGACAGUGAUCGACACACCUGGAUUCGGAGAUCAGAUCAACAAUGACAACUGCUGGGAGCCAAUUGAGAAGUACAUCAGUGAACAAUACGAGAAGUUCCUGAAGGAGGAGGCGAACAUCUCGAGGAAGAAACGUAUUCCCGACACCCGCGUACACUGCUGCCUCUACUUCAUCUCCCCCACAGGGCACUCGCUGCGACCCCUGGACAUCGAGUUCAUGAAGCGCCUGGGAAAAAUAAUGAACAUCAUUCCCGUCAUUGCAAAAGCAGACACCAUGACUUUGGAGGAGAGGCACGAUUUUAAACUGAGGGUCCGGAAAGAGCUGGAGGCGAACAACAUCGAGUUCUACCCGCAGAGGGAAUUUGACGAAGACAUGGAGGAUAAGAUAGAGAACGACAAGAUCAGGGAAACCAUGCCAUUUGCCAUCGUUGGCAGUGACACCGAAUAUCAAAUAAAUGGGAAACGAGUGUUGGGAAGGAAAACUCCUUGGGGGAUCAUCGAGGUUGAGAACGUCACUCACUGCGAAUUUCCUCUUCUCCGGGAUCUCAUUGUCAGGACCCACCUUCAGGAUCUCAAGGAGGUGACCCACAACAUCUUCUACGAGACUUACCGGGCAAAGCGGCUGAACGAAAACGGGAAUCUCACCAAUGACACGGAGGAGGUGCACGAAAGUAACCUCUGAACCAAAACAGGGGACAAAACCACUCCUCUGCCUCGGAACCGUGUGGAAAAUCUGACUUUUAUAAAAGGCGUAUUGUAAAGGUACAAAGCAAAGACAAACCUACCACUCAAAGAGAGUGGAGCUCUUUAAAGAUCCGCCCUUGCACAUUUCUGAAGUGUUAUUUUAAGAAUGAAUGUGAUGUAUAUUGAAUAGUUUAUUUAAUGUUAAUCUUUCAAUAGUUGUAAAUGAGUUUCAGUCAACCUGCAGGACUGACAGUACUAUUCCCUCUCACUGGAUCUUGCCAGCUUGUGUUUUGUGAGGAAGGACAGACACACACAGACUGUGUUCUUCCUUCCUCGUGUACUCUCAAAGGGGUGCACAGCUGAGCGAAGGUUCACACUGGAGUUUUUAAUGGAAAGUUCCAGAUGCUGCUUCCGGUCUCACCCCCCAGUGUGACAACCUAGUUCGCUGAACGUUCUUGGGCGUUGGGAUCGAUCGCGGUGAACUGUUCCUCUCAUUGCUGCUCACACACGUUUUCCAACGCAAGUCUGAUUAACAACGAGGACCCACAAAACUCAUUUUGAAUUAAUUUCCUGUACAUGUUCCCUAGCCCAGGGAUACAGAGCUGCAAGCUCCUGGAGUCCCAGCUGAGACCACUUACUGUAAAACAUUUCAGGGAGUUUAAUUUUAAGGAAAGAAUGUCCCUGCGAUGAAAAUACAUUUUGUAUUUUCCCUAUAAGCAUAAAUGAAAAUAUUGAUCAUAUUCAGUUUUGAGAACUGCAUUCAUUCCAUUAAAUACUCGGUAUUGUCUUAUACAGUUUUAUUGCUUCAAGUUUAGCAUUAAGAAGUCAACAGUAACUUAGUGGGGUUUUGGAAAUUAAGUGUCAAGUUCCAUCAGACCUAACUUUACGAGACAAAUACCCCACCACCAAUUUAGCUCCUUCUAAAACUGCCCACAAAGUAUACUGACACCUGUUUUUACAGUGAAGCAGGAUUCAUCCUGAGAAGGAUUUGGUUCCUCGCUGUGCUCACCCAGGAGUGAAACGGGGAGCUCAUUGAUGUAAACCUGCUGCCGUGGAUCUUGUGUACUGGUGCUUGCAAAGCAGGACGUAGGGUCUCUGUGGUAGGCCUCCCACCUGCUCGAAGGAAAAGUGGGAGUAGGAGGUCCCAGCUCCCCAUGAAGGCAAGCCAACAUCAGAUGGGAAGCCUCCAACCAAUGGCCUCCAGCAUUUCUCUGUGGCUUGUGGCAAUUUAACGAGAGGCACCAGUGCGAUCAAGUAAACAGCGUGUUUGCCAGACUGUACAGUGGGGUGGGUAUGUUUACCACAGGCAUCUUCAGUUCCUGUACACCUGACACCUACUGACACACCUCACUACGCCUCCAGCUCCUGUAACCCACCCAUCCCCUCCGAAUGCCCAGCCUCCAUCUCCCACACCCACCACCAAGCCCUACACUCCAUCAAACCCCCUUCCAAAACACCUCCAGUACUCUUACUCUCUCCAUUCCUCAAAACCUCCAGCCACUCCCGCAAUGCCUGCCCCACAACCUCCAAACUGUAAUCCCUACCACAUGAACCCCUAUCCUAAUCCCUGCCACGUCAAACGCCCCCCUUCCCCCUCCCCAAUCCCUGCCAUAUCAACCACCCCCUCGCCAACUCCAACCCCUCUCCACCGCCAAUCCAGAUCACUGCUUCCUUCUUGGCAGUGUCCACUCCUACUGUCUCCACUCAGUUUGGUCUUUGCCUGGUUGCACUUGCUGUUCACUGUGCUGCAUGUUCUGGAGCAUUCUUAGCAACAUCUAUAGGUUAAAUCUAGUCAAUUAGCACUUGUGAGUGAUGUGUUUAUUGAGUGGUGUGAAUAAGUGUCAUGUUUCUUUUAUUCUUUCCAAGUGCAUUUGUCCAUGAUACAGUGGCCGCAAGUCCUGUGCCUUGGGGCCAGAGAGUUGCCAACUUUUCCUAAUUUCUCAGUGUUUCCCUUGAAAGUGUUUUUCCAUGUUGAUUUUUCUUCCCAGUCUUCACCCCAGUGGACUUGAAAUCCCCCACAUAGGUUCAUAUCUGUACGGGGAUCUGUGACUCCAUGCCUUCUCGAUCUCCAGCUGAAGUAUAGUUAGUGUAGGCUGCCAAAACCCAGUGAAGAUUGAGGAUUGGACCUUGGAUGGUUUGUUGCAUUGGCUCAGAACCUGGGAUAUCCAGGUGGGGCCAAGAACAAGCAUUCUGAUCUCAACAGCAGUUAAUGAUUUUUUUCAAGACUUGUCUGGAAACAAAUAAUUCUGCUUCCAAGUACGUGGGAGGGUGUGUUGCGGGCACUGGAUUCCGAGAGGGAGACCCACAUGACUCUUGAUCGAGAUCAAUGCCAUUUCCAAUAUUCUCGUUCCAAUCUUUCAUCUAGUGAACCUUCACUAGAAGUGAAUCAAGUAUUGGGAAUUUCUAGUUAAAUUCCACGAAUGUUUGGGAGAUUGAUUUCAUUGUGCAGAGGGUAAAGAGAUAACAGAGGCCUUGAUGAAUCGUAUGCCACUUAGACAACCACACACGUAGAAGGAAGGGUCUGUUCUUUAUCAGAUCUUCCCACUACCUGCAUUGUUCAAGAAGAGCCAGCUUUGUAACAAUUGUCACUGGGCUUUGGGGAGCACAGAAGUCCUCCAACAACAACAAUGUUUGGAGGUUAAUUGGCCUCUGUACUCUGCCCCGCGUGUUGGUGGGUGGUAGAAUAUGAGGGGAGUUAAUGGGAAUGUGGGGAGAAUAUCAUGGAAUUGGUGUGAAUGGAUGUUUCAUUAUCAGCAUGGAUUUGGUGAGCCAAAGAGCCUGUUUCAGUGCAACAUGACUUCAGAAAUGGGACUCACUUGGUUCUGCUCCAAACAUGCUGAAAGAGUGUUUGAUAGUGCCACUGAGUGCCAAGGGUGGCGGAAAUCAUCUGAAUGUCCCUCUGCUGAACUUCAUGUUAGGCCUAUAUUAGACAUUAGAUUCUGUAUUGAUAAAAAUACAUUGAUAUUGAUAAUGUGUAUUGAUAAAAUUAUUCUAAGUUAUGUGUUAGUGAUUGUGGUAAAGAAUUGAUCAAUAUAUUUAGACUGAUUAGAUUUGUUACACUGCACUUUAUCUGCAAAUUACUUGAUGAGUGAGACAAGCUAAGGAAAAAUUUUUCUUUAGAUGUUGUACUUGAGGGUAAUUAAAUAUUACAUGAGGUUGAACUACAACAGAGAUUCCCAACCUUUUUUCAUGCCAUGGACCAGUACCAUUAAGCAAGGGGUCCAUGGACCCCAGGUCAGAAACCUCUGAAUUAAAACAUCCAAGUUUCAAGUACAUUUAUUAUCGAAGUAUGUAUAUAAGUUGUACAACUUUAAGGUUCAUCUGCUUACAGUCAGCCACAAAACAAGAAACCCGAAAUAAUCCAAUUUUAAAAAAGACCAACACUCAUUGUGCAGAGAGAAAGGGAAAAAAAAAACAAAUCAUGCAAACAAUAAAACGAGCAUCAGCAUUCAGAAUGAAAUUGAGUCCAUACACAUGAAGCUCAGAGUAGGUCCAUAGGCUCAUCACAAAUCGCAGUGAAACGUGCAAACGUUGGGUCUAACCAAGUUAUUUAGUUUCCUCUGCUGCCUCCUGAUACCUAACUCCAACUCAUCCUAUCAACAGCCUCUAGAUUACAUUCUGCUUCAUGGACUAAUCCAGCUUUCCUAUCUAAUCCAGCUAAUUUCAGCUAAUCCAGCAUCUACACUAUUUGCCUCAGUCACUCCCGAUUCUCCAACUCUGUAAAGUCUCUGAUAUUGUAGAGUGCUCUACCCAGUUUCCAAUUCCAUACUCUAGGCCAGGGGUUGACAACAUUUUUUUUAUGCCAUGGACCCCUACUGUUAACCGAGCAGUGUAAGGGCCCCAGGUUGGGAACCCCUUGCUCUAGUCUUGUUGAAAAAGUUUGGGGUUUGGAGUUGUUUAUCACAGAAUCUUAGAAAUGCAUAGCACAGAAACAGACCCUUCAGCCCAACUUGUCCAUGCCAACCGUGAUGCCUAUCAACACUAGUUCCCGUUUGCCCACAGUAGUCCCAUAUCCCUCUGCUCCUUCCGAAUCCAACUACCUGGCCAAAUGUCUUUAAACUUUGUGAGUGAAUCUGUCUCCCCCAUCUCCUCUGGCAGCUCAUUCCAGAUAUUCGCCACCCUCUGUGGGGAGAGAACUGCCCCUCAGACCUUCUCUCCUUAAACCUGUGUCCUCUAGUUCUAGACUCCCAUGACUUCAGAAAAGGAUUUUAAUUAAUUAUCCUUUCACUCAUAAUGUUAUAACCCUCUUUAAGGGCAACCCUCAGUCUCCUACACUCUAGUGAAAAUAAACCCAGUUUAUCCAAUCUCUCCGAAUAACUACCGUCCUUCAUUCCAUGUGACAUCCUGGUGAAUCUCUACUGCAUUCUAUUUCCACCACAUCCUUCUUGUAGAGUGGCAACUAGAACUGUAUACAAUACUCAACACAAUAUCCCACACAGCCCUCAGCAAAUUUCUGUGAGCUAUUAUUCUAUAGGUUUAUUGAGAAUGCCCACAAGUUAUUUUUUAAAAAUUGGGUAGGUAUAUGGAAAGGAAAGGGAUGGAGGGUUAUGGGCUGAGUGCAGGUUGGUGGGACUAGGUGAAAGUAAGCAUUUGGCACGGACUAGAAGGGCCGAGAUGGUCCGUUUCCGUGCUGUAAUUGUUAUAUGGUUAUAAGUAAAUGAAACUGAGUACUUUAUUAAUAAAAUUUACUUUGAACUUUGAAUUAAAAGUGCAACUAACCAAUGUUUUCUACAACUGCUUCAUGACAUGCCAACUCUUAUACUCAAUGCUUUGGCCUAUGAAGAUAAGUAUAGCACAAUCCCAUCAAUGUAUCACAACUUUCAGGGAGUCAUGGACUUACACCCCAAGGUCUCUCCCUAUGUCAAUGUACCUAAGCCCCCUACCAUUUACUCAAUCCCCCUAAAAUUUCUGGUGUGUCCUUCUUAAGACUUCUCAAUGUUUAUUUAAUAGUUUUAGUAUAGUUAGGAUCAGGUCCAAAGGCACUGAGGUAGGAGCAGAUAUCUUCUUGGGAGGUAUCACUAGUGUCACCCCAGAGACAGGAGAAGUCACUUCCUCAGGAAGGACAGUUCUACCUGUUGAGUGAUUUGUAGAGGAAAUGGUCCAAGGUUUAAGAAGGAUCAAAGAGCAGCAGUUUCUGAAGAGAGGUGAGGCUUAAACUGGCCUUGGGGUGUCGUCAGGUGUUGGGAAGACAAGCUGCUCUCUGAUAAUACGGACUGUCCUGGGCCAUGCAAAGUGGGUUGAGGAGCUCUUCAUAUUUUAUAGAAUCAUAAUGUUAGAAUAAAGAGCUUCCUGUCUAUUGAAUGCCAACCUGGGUAAGGCAGCACCAUGUUGAGAAGCAUUUCUUUAUGGACGGGACUGGAAGAAACAUGCUGGGUGGCACUAAUGAAUGAGAUUUAUGUUCAAGUGGGAGGUUGUUGGGUGACACAAAUACAACAACCCCAGUUCAAUCCUGACCUCUGGUGCAGAGUGCCACGUUCUCUCUGUGACUGUACAGUUUGUGGGCUGGUAGGUUAAUUGGCCUUAGAAUGUGGUCAAGUCUGGAAGGAGUUGUUGGGGCAGUGCAAAGUGUAAAAAUGCAUUAGAUUAGCACUAGUGUAAAUGGGUGGUCAACACAGAUUUGAUAGGUUGAAUAGGUCUGUUUGGUGUUGCAUCACCCUAUGACUAACAGGCUAAAUAUUUUAAAGUUCAAAGUAAAUUUAUUAUUAAGGUACAUAUAUGUCACCAUAUUCAACCCUGAGAUUCAUUUACUUGCAGGCAUACUCAAUAAAUCAAUAAUAGAAUAAUAAUUAUAACAAUCAAUGAAAGACCACACUAGUGUGGUUGUUCAAUCAGUGUGCAAAAGACAACCAUCUGUCCAAGUACCAAAGAAAUAAUAAAUAAAUAAGUAAUAAAUAUCGAGAACGUGAGAUGAGGAAUCCUUGAAAAUGAGUCCAUAGGUUGUUGGAGCAUUUCAGUGAUGGGUUGAGUGAAGUUAUUCCCUUUGGUUCAAAAGCCUGAAGACUGAGGGCUAGUAACUGGUGGUGUGAGUCCUGAGGCUCCUGUACCACCUUCCUGAUGGCAGCAGUGAGAAGAGAGCAUGUCCUGGGUGGUGGGGGUCCCUGAUGAUGGAUGCUGCUUUCCUGCGACAGUGCUUAAUGCAGCUGUGCUCAGUGUCGGGGAGGACUGGGCCAUAUCCACUACUUUUUGUAGGAUUUUCCAUUCAAGUGCAUUAGUAUUUCCAUACCAGGCUGUGAUAUACUCUCCACCACAUGCCUAUAGAGAUUUGUCAAAGUUUGAGCUGUCAUGCAGAAUCUUUGCAAACUCGUAAGGUGCUGCUGUGCUUUCUUCAUAAUUGCACUUCCAAUAUUAACACCAUUCUAAAAUUUUAUUUCUGACUUCUGGUGUUUUGCUAUUGUUUCUCCACUGUGCUUCUGUUAUUGUGUAAGUUAAAGUUUCCUUUAGGUCACAAAUCUUCCAUUGAGAUAUUCUGCUCCUUCAGCUUUCCGGAUAACAUGCCACACCAUGGUCAAUAACCACCUCACACCCUGAGGUCAGAGGGAGAACUUUUACUCAGAUAUACACCAGCAUCCUCCUCCAUUCAUUGGUGUCUCCUGAGCCCCUACUGCUGUGCCAUUAACAGCUACUAAUGUCCAUUCCCUCGUCUUCCACCCCCUCCCACUCUGUAACCCAAUCCUUCAGCCUCCAUCCAUAACCAAACUUCUCAUUGCCCUUCUUCUAAUUCUCCCUUUAGCUUCUAUUCUGAUUUUCCUUGUGUCCCUGUUACAUUAAUGUCAGUUUAUUAAUGCGAACAUUAAUUAUUAGAUCCUUAAAUGGGCAAAUUCAGAGUGGUGAAGUUGUAGCACAUGUCCGCCCUUUUGCCAAAAUUAAAAUUUAAGGACGUUGCUGCUUUAAGUCCCAGUAACCCUCUCAUGAAUCUAUCCCGCAUUCUUUCCAGCUUAAUGACAUUCUUCCUACAACUUGGUGACCAGAAAUGUACACAAUUGUGCUGCUGUACAUCCAUAUCACUUACUCCAACACUGCCUCGUUGAACUUUACUGUUUCUGCUUCGUUUGAUUUUUUAAGAUAAUAAAUUAGAAAUUUGGAUGGAAGCAUUUGUUUUGAUUUCCCUCCCAGAUGGUUAAGUCAAGGUCAGAUUCAAAAUUAAGGUCACGAAGGCAAACCAGGCACAUAUGAUAGUUAAUACCGUGUUCGAAUUGGGAAGUACUGAGAGAGGAGGAUGUAGGGGAAAGUGGUUCAGUAGUGGAACAGGGUGAUAGCCAAGUGGAAAGUCACCAAGUAGGAGAAAGAAUGUCAUUAAGCUGGACAGGAUGCAGGAAAGGUUCAUGAGGAUCUUAUUGGGACUAGACAGCCUGAGUUACACCGGAAGUGUGGAUAAGCUGUGACUUUUUAUCCCCAGAGUGAAGGAGGCUCAAGGUUUGCAUUCUAGAGGCGUGCAAAAUAGUGACAGUCACAAACAAGGUGGAUGGUCACAGUCUAUUUCCUUGUGUAGAGGAGGCUGAAACUAGAUUUAAGGUGAGAGGGGGAAGAUUUGAAAGAGAGCUGAGGGGCAAAUUUUUCAUGUAGAGGGUGGUAGGUAUAUGGAAUACAUUGCCAGAGGGAGCUGUAGAGAUGGGCACAAUUCAAUAUUUAGAAGACAUUUAGACAUGUACAUAGAAAGAGCCUAGAGAGAUGGGGGCCAAAUGCAGGCAUCAGGAACCAGCACAGCAUGACAUCUUGGUCAGCUUGGGUGAGUUGGGUCAAUGGGCUUGUUUCCAUCCUGUCAACUCUAUGGGUCUUUGACAUUUGGAAUAUUUGUGUGACUAUGUGGCAAGGCUUGGGGAUGUGGACAAAUGUUGGCGUGGGGAUUAUGUUAUACAAAACAUGAUAUGUGUAAGUGGGAAGGCAACAACUGUUGUUCAAAGGGAAAAAGACCUGGUCCUACAUUUAUGAAGUGUGAUCUCCACUUUGAAUAGGUUUUCGCCUAUAUUAUUCAGUGUAAAGUUUAUACAAAGCUAUUGGAAGAGAUAUUGAAAAGGAUGACUAAAGUGUUGAUCAAUGUGAUGGAUUUCAAGAAAUGUCUUAGAAAGGAGAAGAGAUGAAGUGAGUUAGAAAGAGAAGUCCAGAUUUGAUUAAAUCAUGAGGGUAGGACAUAGUUAUAGGGAGGAGAAGGUCAUAGUAAAUGAAAGUGGGACUGUAACAUUGAGGUAGCAUUAAAUGAUAUAGUUGUGAGACUGUAAUUGUGAAGGCCGCGCUUUGUACAUAUGGGGACUGGCUUUAAACUUGACACUCCAAAGGUUGAGGCUAUUGUAAAUUGUGUUUAAGUAUGGUACGAGAUUUCCUUGGGUGGGGUUUGAGUUCAGUACAAAAGGUUGGUUUGAGGAUGGUGAAAAACGUUGUUAAAAAGUGUUUAGCAAGGCCAAAAUAUGUUUGGGGUUAUUAUGAAAAGUCCUUGGGUGGAGCAGCACUAUCUGACAGAUAGGGAGUCCUCCACGUGACAUUUAUUCUGGUGGGUAUUUUUGUCACAAGGCUGGGCCUUCAGUUACUUUUGUUUUAAUUCAGACUUCAUGAGCUCAGUGUUCCCAAUGUUUGUACUCAUCUACUUGAGGUUCACUUUUACGAAUCUUGUCCUCUGACACCCACGCUGGGGUCUGCUGAUAGGUGGCAACAUGGUAGACUUUAAUGUACAAUCUGUAAAAGGUCCCUAACACACAUGGGCAGUGCAAUUAACUUCAGAUCUGUCUGAGUUCUUAAAGCCAGUUGUAUGAAAUCUCUUUGUCUUCACUCCUUGAUGCUUUCUUACAGCUUCUAAUUGUACAAUCAAUAACUGACCAGAGGUGGGACUGAUAAAGAUGGGGAUCUCAAAUUUUAAAGCAGUUAGAUGCGUAUUUUCAUUAAAGUAAAUAGUGGUGGGUUAGUAAUAGAUUAUUCUUCACAUAUUUAAACCGUUUACCAUUACCAAUAGUAAUUAAGAGUGUUAAUUAUGUCAAAUCCAGUCUGCGAGGUCCUGAUCAUCUCAACUAACUGCAAACAGGUUGGGAGAGACCUCUAGUUUCAUUUGGAGUAUGGCUAGUUUUAAGACUGUGAAAUAGGAGCAGGAAUAGGACGAUGAGCCUGAUGAAUCCUGCAGCCACUCAAUGAGAUUUCAGCCAAACCAGUAUUCUGGCCUGAUCCCUAUAUCUCAAGAUUCUUUCAGUGUCCAGAAAAUGUAUCAAUAUUAGUCUUGAGCGGAUGCAACCCUUCAGAACGGCCAGGAAACAUGCGGAACUGAUUGCUCUCAUCCUUAAGGGAAAUGGAAGGGCUGGAGGUCAUUUGAGAAUUCUGCAGUGGAACCUCUGACCUCGUCAGCUUCUCACAGGAAUUCUGCCCAGGAGCCUCUGAUCUCGGUAGCCUCUCACUUUCAAUAUUUCAUUUCACCAGUCCAUUAGGACAAGAAAACAUGUCCUCUCACGGCGGUAAUCAGUGGAGUGUGACCCUCUCCCAUAAAUCAUCAGAAAGUUUAUCACAGACAAAAUUCAGCCCAGUUCCAUCAGAAAUAUUAGUUCAUGAACCCUUGUUCCUGAGCUGAUUUAAGGAAAAGCAGCAGACAUGAACCAGAAAUAUAUCUGUAAACUUUUUUAUUCAUUCCAAGAUGUCAACAUCAUCACAAGACUAGCAUUCUGUUCCCUGUCUCUAGCUACCCCUAAAACUGAGUGUGUUGCUAGGACAACAAUUAGAGAUGAUGGGGUCACCCACCUAGUUCACAUGGGAGCAGCUGCCCUUCUGUAAGGGAUGUCAGUGAACUAAUGGGGUUUUACAAUAAUCCAAUAGGUUAAUGCUCUCUUAUUGACCUUAGCUCUACACUCUGAAUUUAUUUAAUUAAGUAAUUGAGUUUACAUCCCCUGAUAGUUGCAGUGGGAUUUCUGCUCGUGCUCUGGGACCAGAACACAGACCCCUCAAUUAGGAGCUUUGUAACACUGGCAUUACAGAGCCUAACCCAAUCCUGUUUCCUGUACGAAUGGGAUUGAAUGAGAGGUUACUGGGAUCCUGGGCGCUCUCAGAAUUAUCUAGAGACCAGAAUCCUAUUGAGAAUAGACCAAAAGCAAAGUGAGGCGUCGUGAUGGGCAAGGAGCAAAUCUCAUGUUUGCGUCAGAUACUGCCUGUCUCCACAACAGAACCGUGUCUGAAUCUCUAGCCCUGCCAUAACUGAAAUCCCCUUCCCUGUUACAUUGUGCUCCUGAUUUAAUAUUAUUGACCAUCUUUGAUGUACUCUCUAGAUAUUAAAAUAUCCCAUUUGCCAAGCUUGUGUUCUGAGUAUUUCUGAAAGACACUUAGUAUAUGAAAUAAGAAAUGUUGUACAGUUGUUGUAUGUUCCUGUUUAUUCUUAUUUGUAAAACAAAAUGAUGCAUUUAUCACGGAUGUGUUUUCAAUGUGGACACAAGUAAUUCUUGUGCUGUCAGUGGUAGAGUGGAUUGUCCAGAUAUAGUUUAAAAUCUAUUGACUUUCUGCAAUAAAAUAACACAA